GAUCGACAAGCGCCUGUGCUUUCGUCAGUAACUUUCUUUCCCAUUAACCAACAUGACUGGACGCGGCAAGGGAGGCAAAGGACUCGGUAAAGGAGGAGCAAAGCGUCAUCGCAAGGUACUGCGUGACAACAUCCAGGGUAUCACGAAACCCGCUAUCCGUCGUCUAGCCCGCCGUGGGGGCGUCAAACGUAUCUCUGGUCUGAUUUACGAAGAAACCCGAGGAGUGCUGAAGGUAUUCCUGGAGAAUGUUAUUCGUGACGCUGUCACCUACACCGAACAUGCCAAGCGUAAAACAGUGACUGCUAUGGAUGUCGUAUACGCGCUGAAACGUCAGGGACGUACCCUAUACGGGUUUGGAGGUUAACA